CUACCGCAUCUCCUCUCAAUCCAUCAUCAUGGCUCUUGCUGCACCUCUUCGCGUAGGGCUGGCUCCCUGCUUUCGUCUUCGUAGCGGAUUCUCUGUGCCCCGGCAAGUCCUGAGGAAUGCCUCGACGUCCUCGCAGCGCGGUUUCCAGGCCCACAGCCGCACUGCUGUUCUCAAUGCCGGACCACGCCCGGGAAGUGCCAAUGCCGGCAGCAAGGGCUUCAACUGGUCUCUUUUAGCCGGGGCCGCUUUUGCUACUACUGCCUCCGCCGCCAUGGUCUCCCGAAACACCAUCCACUGUGUCACACUGACGCUGUCCUCUGUCCUUUCCACCGUGCUUCUUGUUCCCUCUAUAGAUGCCACUAGCUCCUCUGCCCUCGAUCGCUCUUCCUACACCGGCUUGAGCGGCUCGAAUGAGCCCGCUCCCGAAUCCAUCGUCAAUGUCUACCAGCUCUCCUUCGGCGUCGUCUGUGGAGUGUGUGCGGGCGUCUUCAUCAAGAAGGGUCUCAAGUUCAUUGCCUUCCUCCUCGGUGGAGGGUUUAUUCUCCUACAGUACCUCAAUUCACAGAAGCUGGUAAGCGUCAACUGGGGUGGAAUCAGCAAGAGGUACGAUGGACUGGUAGGGAGUGUUGCUGGACCGGGAGAGAAGGUCAAGGGUUGGCAGGGAUCGACGGCUGGUAGAAUCUACACCAGAUUCGAGGACUUCCUCACUGCUAACUUCCAGGAGAGGGCAAGUCUCCUGGCCGGUCUGGCAUUGGGCUUGAGACUGGGAUAG